AUGGCGGAGUUAGUGCAGAACCAGGAAAAAUAUGCAUGUAAAGUGUACGACAAAACGGCAAUGAGUGGGUCCAAAAUAAACAACUAUAUUUCCAACGAACUAAAAAUUCUCAAGUCGGUUUCUCAUCCCGGAAUAGUCGAGCUCGCUCGGACUAUCCAGUAUUUACAUACAAAUAAUAUUGUCCACCGAGACAUUAAGUUGGAAAAUAUUCUUAUUUGUGAGAACUGCAUUAAACUGACAGACUUUGGAUUUUCCUGCAAGACUGAGAAUUGUCCUGACCCUGACGAACAUCUGCGUAGUACAGUGUGUGGGACCCCUGGAUACUGUGCUCCAGAAAUCAUGAACGCAGCAAAUAAAUAUGACCCAAAGUGUGCGGAUAUAUUCAGUCUCGGUGUUGUUCUUUAUUUUAUGAUCAGCGGAAAAAUGGCUGUUCCAGUGGGAACCGUGGGAACUGUCAGUGCAAUGGACAAUAUUAUAAAACAAAUGAAGCUCAUGAACUACGAGUUUCCUCCUAAAACUGAGGAUAUUUACGGAAAAUGUUGCAUUGACACAGUCCUCCAAAUGCUAUCCUUCGACCCACUCAUGCGCCCUACAAUCGACCAGAUUAUUGAAACUGAAUGGAUGAGGACUGAGGCUCUCCGUAUUGGCGAUUAUUGA